CGGGGCCCGACGGGGUGGGCGGCAUCCUCCCCGGGAGCAGCGGGGCAGCACCCGGCGCAGGAGGCACGUGGAAUGUAAUGAAAGAAAUGAAAUAAAAUCAAAAGCAGCGGGAGAUGGGUUGACUCGCUGGAACACGAGUUGAUGAGAAAAAAAAUACUUCUCGGCCGCGGCCAGCCAUGAGCUGUUUGGAUGUUAUGUACCAAGUCUACGGUCCUUCCCAGCCCUACUUCGCAGCAGCCUACAGCCCCUACCACCAGAAACUCGCCCUUUACUCCAAAAUGCAGGAAGCCCCGGAGAGCGGCAGCAGCGCCGGCAGCUCCUUCUCCAGCCACGCCGCGGCCAGCAUCAAGGAGGAGGACUGCAGCCCCGAGAAGGAGCGACCCCCCGAGGCCGAGUACAUCAGCUCCCGCUGCGUCCUCUUCACCUACUUCCAGGGGGACAUCAGCGCAGUGGUGGAUGAGCACUUCAGCCGGGCGCUCAGCCAGCCCAGCAGCUUCUCCCUCGGCAGCGCGAAGGCGGCGCGGAGCGCGGGCUCCUGGCGGGAUGGAUCCUUCCCAAUGAGCCAGCGCAUCUUCCCGCCAUCCUUCUGGAACAGCACGUACCAGCCCUCCUCGGUCCCAGGCAGCCUGAGCAGCCCCCUGGCAGCUGCCGCCCACAGCGAGCUGCCCUUCGCCGCUGCCACCGACCCCUACGCGCCCGCCUCUCUGCACGGCCACCUGCACCAGGGCGGCCCCGAGCCCUGGCACCACGCCCACCACCACCACCACCACCACCACCACCCCUACAUUGGGACACAGGGCACUGCCUACCCCCGCCCCACGGCCAUGCACGAGGUCUACGGGCCCCACUUUGACCCCCGCUACGGCUCGCUCCUGGUGCCCACCGCCUCCGUCCGCCCCCACCGCCUCACGCCCGCCUCCGUAUCCACGCCAGUCAGCCCCCCCUGUGAACUGGGCAAGAGUGAAGCGGGUGCUGCUGCGGCCUGGACGACACCGGGCCCCUUCCCCAGUCCAACAGGAGACGUGGCACAGAGCAUCGGCCUCAAUGUGGACACAGGUUUGCAACCUCAGGAUAAAAGCAAGGAUCUGUACUGGUUUUAGAGCUGUCCUUCACUCUUCUUCCCCUGGCUCUCCCCUGUAGCUCUCUACCAGUUAGACAUGGUGGCAUUCAGAGCUGAAAUCGGGUCAGUUUGUAACAGCUUCUGAUCUUGGUUUGCAGCUCGCCGUUACUCCUUCUGUGGUGGAUCCCUUCUGAGCUGAUGUGCUGACUCAAAGACUCUCAGAUCCCCCCUGCCCUUUUCCAAGCCCACAGAGGCCCUGCUGCUCGGGGGAAGACAACGGGAUUUAAAAGGACCUGGCACUGCAAGGGUGGUGCUUUAGACUGUUUCGGAGAUGAAAGUCGUUCUGUUGCAAGAGGAGAGCCAAAGACAUUGGACUUCUAUUUAAGCAGACCCCACACCCAGACCUGCAGCCAGACUACUCUGAAAGAGUCAAAUCACAUUGUGGAUGGUGAUGCAAAACCACUGGCCUUCAUACAGACAACAGAGGAAAUUGUGGGGCUUUUUUAGUGGUGUGAAUAUUUUUUUAUGGCAGUGAAAGUUUUCUUGAAUACAACCAUGCAGAAGCUACUCAUCAGUUUUGAACUGGAUUUUUAUUUUGCAUUAUAGAAAAGCAAAAGGAGAAGAAACUGGAACUCAUGCACAUUUUCGGACUAUCAAUGAACUGGUCAGAUUUUUCAGCUUUGUGGUUGUGAGUGGCAAGUGUCUGACUGGGGCCACCUGCCCUGGACUUACAGAUAUGCAGCUGUUCCCCUCACAACUGCUUAAAUCCCAGAAAGACGAAAACCAAGGUGGCACUUCUCAGAGUUUGGCACAUUGCAUUGGCUGUAUAACAGUUGUUUGGUUGGGGGUGGGGUUGUUUGUUUGGUUUUGGUUGGUUUUUCGGUGUUUGGGUGGGUUUUUUUCGUUGGUUUUUUUUUUUUCUUUUUACAAUAAACUUUUUCUGGUGAAAGUUAAACCCUCUUAAAGCAGGGGGAGAAAGGAAUCUGAUGAAGAAUGGCUCACCUCCAACCCAACAGCCUUUAAAGGGAACACCAGAAC